GUUAAUAAAAAAAAAAAAAAAAAAACAGAUCCAUGAUAACCAUGUGCGUUAAACAAAAUAGACAUUAAAUAAUGGAAUUGGAUAUAUCAUUUAAUAGUAAUAUUUAAAAUACUUAUAAAAAAAUAUCAUUAUAUCUGCGGUUAAUUUUCAACAUGUCUAUUAUUAAAUUCCCUUGGAUUAAUAUAUGUCGGUUGAUGUUGACACCUAAGAAAUUAAUAAUUAAUAAAAGAACAUAUAUACACCAAGUAAGAAGUUUUAAAGAGUUGACAAUAAAUAAAUUACUCGAUGGAGAAUUAAAAUUUGCUGAUGACCAAUGGUCAUUAAUACGCAAAGAAUUAUUUGACAGUGGUGCAGGCAUCAAUGAAGCCAAUGUUGACUGUAUUAUUAUUGAUACAUGCAGAGAAUCAGACAACAAAAAUUUGGGAUUAAAUUACGUCCAACAUUUAAUACGAAAUGAAAAUAAAAAUUUAAAUCUUGCUACUGUUGGUAAAUAUUUUAAAUUGCUGUAUGACAGUAAAAAAGUAUUGGAUUCACAAGAAAUUGAAGAGGUUUAUCGUCUGUAUGAUGAAAUAAGGACAAAGUAUCCAAUUGUCGAUGCAAUUACUGCAGAAUAUUUAAUCUUGGGUUUGUCAUUGACUGAAAGAUGGAGAGAAUGUGUUGAAUUAUUAGAUAUGAUUACAAUAACAAGUUCGUCACAUAGUGCUUCUUUUUCGUCAAUUAUAUCAGCAGCUUUUGAUCAUGACGAAUUUAAAUUUGGUUGGGAGCUUUUAUCACAAAUGUUCCCACGAUUACAACCAAGUCAACGUGCCUAUGAUUCUUUUUUAAAAUAUUGCACGAGAACGUCCAAUAAUUCACGAGAAUUGGAGUAUGUUAUUAAUAAAUUAUUUGAAUUAUGGAAAGCAAAUGACGUAUUAGCGCCUUCAGAUGUUAUAACGGCAAUAGUUGAUCUUCUUGUUAGUACCGGCGAAUGGGUUGCUAGAAAAACAUCGAUUGGAAAAGAUGGUACAUGUGAACAUUGUAGUCAAGCACUGAAGCCUUUAGAUCUUAAGCCAGAAGAUUUUCAAGCUUUGUCAGAUCUUGUGUUAUCGAAAAAUUUAAUUGGUGGAGAUGUUUACGGGAAAACGACUCCUGAGGAGUUGAAGCAGUUUAAAAAAUUUGUUGACUCAACAAAACCUUAUGAUGUUUGUAUUGAUGGACUUAACGCGGCCUAUACCCUCAGUCGAACUCAAAAAUCGUCAUUAGGCCAAGAGCUAGCGACAGUUGUUGAAAAAUUCGUUUCACAAAACAAAAAAGUAUUCAUAUUAGGACGCAAGCAUAUGAAUAAAUGGUCGGCCAAACAUAUGAGUUACAUACGAAAACACUGCUACUUAUUUUUUGCAAAUAAUUUAUCACAAGAUGACCCAUUCUUACUCUACGCAACUCUUGCCAGUGGUAUAAAUUCAUAUUUCGUAUCUCGAGACUUAAUGCGUCGGCAUAAAUUCGACCUACAGGAUGAUAAAACUAGACAAUUAUUUCGCCACUGGCAGAUAAGCCGGCAGAUCUUUCCUACAUACGUUGGAACAAAUUUCCAUAGAACAUUAUUACUUAUUUAUCCUCCCAAAUAUCUUCCAGUUGCCCAAAAAAAUUCACAUGGCUGGCAUCUACCAUGUUCUGAUGAUCCAGAUCUAAAAUCACCCGAUCUUCAUAUUCCGAAACCACCUCAGACCUGGAUUUGCCUUAGAAGAAAUUAACUGAUAAUCGUCCAUAUUUUUAGUUAAAAGUACAAAGAAAAAAAAUAAUUUACUUCUGCUGUAUUCUUUCUUACAAAACAUUUUUUUUUUUUUAUUAAAAUUGUAAAAAUGUCGUUAAUUAUUUUUGUUUUAUAUUUUUAAUAAUGAUAAUAAAUCAAUUGGAUUAAAAAUUAUAAAUAUCUACCAAAGCUUUAUUGUAAAUUGAUCCAAAAAAUUAGUGGUAAAAAUUAAAUGUUCAGUAUCUAGACAGUGUUACAAUUCUACUCACAACAUCUCUACUUAAGGGAAGUAACUACAACUCUACUCACUCACAACUUUACUCAGCCUCAAUUCUAUUCACAGUUUUAACUCUACUCAGCUAUAUCUUUACUCAGCGAUAACUUUACUCAGUUACAACUGUACUCACGUAUUUUACCCUAUUAUGAGUAGAGUUAAACCUGAGUAAAAAAAACUAUGAGUAGAGUUGAGGCUGAGUAAAGUUGUAAGUGAGUAAAGUUGUAGCUACCUUCCCUUGAGUAGAGAUGAUGUGAGUAGAAUUGUAACACUGUCCUGUCACUAUACUGUGAUAUACAUUUUUUUUAUUUAUUGAAAGUGGUAAAUGAAAAUAAAAAUAAUGAAGUAGGUAAAAUUUGCUAUUUUAUUAAUCGAUUUACAGUUUUAAUAAUUACAAAAUGUUAAAAAAAAAAAUAAAAAAUGCUCAUGUGUUGCUGACCAUUAAAUUAAAAUAAUAUAAAA